AUAUGAUAGCAACCCACGCAAAAAACAGAAAAGAACACACACACACACAAAUAUGGAUUCAAGUGCUCCAAUUCCAUGCAAUGGCAAUGGCAAAAGCGAUAGGCCUCUUCACGUUGCCAUGCUUCCAUGGCUUGCCAUGGGACACAUAUACCCAUAUUUCGAGUUGGCUAAGAUUCUUGCUCAAAAGGGUCACUCUGUAACCUUCAUAAACAGCCCAAAAAACAUUGAUCGCAUGCCAAAACCACCUAAGACUUUACAACCAUUGAUCAAGCUUGUCAAACUUCCACUACCACGAGUAGAAAAUCUUCCAGAAGGUGCAGAGAGCACCAUGGACAUUCCCAGCAACAUGGUAUCCAAACUCAAGCAAGCCUAUGUAGGCCUCCAAGAGCCUGUUGAAGACUUGCUCAAACGUUCAAAGCCUGAUUGGAUUUUGUAUGACUUCGCCGCCGGGUGGCUGCCGCCGAUCGCCAAGAGACUUGACAUUCCAUGUGCUCAUUACAACAUCACUCCAGCUUGGAACAAAGGUUUCUUUGAUCCUCCGAAGCAUGUGCAGGAUAAGAAUAAGUCUCUUGAAAGCAUGUGUAGCCCUCCAACAUGGCUUCCUUUCAAAACAACCAUGCAUUUCAAGAUGUUCGAGAUCAUAAGAGCCGUUAUGUCUGCCAGGGAUGAAAAGACAGGGGAAAUUGACAAGUUUGAUCUCCACAAAGCUUAUUCCAGUUGCGACUUGUUCCUCCUCAGAACAUCAAGAGAGCUUGAAGGAGAGUGGUUGGACUAUAUUGCUGAUAAGUACAAUGUUCCUGUGGUUCCGGUUGGAUUGCUCCCUCCCUCCAUGCAGAUAACUGACCAAGAGGAGGAAGAAAACAAUCCUGACUGGGUGCAAAUCAAGGAAUGGUUAGAUUCUCAAAGAUCAUCAUCUGUUGUUUACAUUGGAUUUGGUAGCGAGUUGAAGCUGAGCCAGGAGGAUCUCACUGAGCUGGCUUAUGGCAUUGAGCUUUCUGGUUUGCCAUUCUUUUGGGCUCUCAAGAACCUCAAAGAAGGUUCACUUGAGUUGCCUAAAGGUUUUGAGGACAGAACCAAGGAUCGUGGUGUUGUUUGGAAAACAUGGGCUCCUCAGCUUAAGAUCUUGGCUCAUGGAGCAAUUGGUGGAUGCAUGAGUCACUGUGGUUCAGGUUCUGUGAUUGAGAAGAUUCAUUAUGGGCAUGUUCUUGUGACUCUGCCAUAUUUGCUAGACCAAGCUCUGUUCUCAAGAGCGCUAGUGGAAAAGAAGGUGGCGAUCGAGGUGCCUAGAAACGAGCAAGACGGUUCAUUCACAAGGGAGUCAGUGGCCAAGACAUUGAAAUUGGCAAUAGUGGAUGAGGAAGGGAAGAGUUUCAGGGAGAAUGCUAAAGAGAUGGGGAAAAUUUUCAGCUCCAAGGAGAUUCAUGAUCACUACAUUGAAGAUUUCAUUGCAGUUCUUCAAAAGUACAGAAAACCUUCCCAUUGAAGCUCCAUUAGUCUCAUUUUCUUCUUCACAUUUGUUUCUACUGUGAUGUUUGCUUUUUUAAAUGAAUAAAAUGUGCAACAAUGCAUUUUGGUUA